CACGGAUAAUUAUCAGGAACUAUGCGAAUUCUCACCUGACCAGAAACGAAGUUUGCUUUGGAAUGGAGUUCUGUGUCAGCGCAGCACUUCAAGAAAACACUUUAGCAGUAUCAGCGGAGUCCCCUCCAAUGUGCUUCACAAAUUGAUGAUCACUGUGCUGACCUCGACAAGCUAGAGUAACAAGAUGUCACCAGACAAUGGCUACCAAACAAACAAAGGUGUUUUUUGUUUCUGACAAGCACAAGUAAAAGUAAAACUUUUUUUAUUUUCUGUCUCUUAUCUUCACUUUGAGUAUCCUGAAACCUGUCUGUGAGGGGGAAAAAUGGCCCAUACAGAAGCGGUGCAGCCCAGCGUCAACUCCUCGUACGUUCCAACUUUGUUUGGUGACCAAAGUGCAACUGAUGAUGAAGCGCUUGAGGACCAUAGCCCCUCUGCAUCUCUCCUCCCCAAACUUUCCCCACCGCCUCUGGCUGUGCGCUACAGUCCAGAGGACUCAUACUGUCUGGUCUACAUCAUCUUUUUUCUGAUGGGCAUCGGCUCCUUGCUGCCCUGGAAUUUCUUUAUAACAGCCAAGUACUACUGGCAAUACAAACUUAGUAACAAUACUCAGACUGGAGAAGAGGAGCAGCGUUCAGACCUCAGUGACUACUUUGAAAGUUAUCUGGCCAUUGCCUCUACAGUGCCCUCUGUCCUGUGCUUGAUUCUGAACUAUGUCCUUGUUAACAGGUUAUCUCCGAACAUUCGAAUCCUAUCGUCUCUUUUUGUGAUCCUGUUGGUGUUUGUGGUGACCACGGUCCUGGUGAAGGUGGAUGUUUCAGACCACAGGAUGGAGUUCUUUGUCGGCACACUUGCCAGUGUGGCUGUCGUCAGCGGAGCCUCCAACAUCUUCUCUGGAAGCAUGUUUGGGAUCAGUGGCCAUUUUCCUAUGAGGAUCUCUCAGGCUUUAAUAUCAGGUCAAGCUAUGGGAGGCACACUGAGUGCAGUAGCAUCAAUAGUGAACCUAGCUGUGGCUGAAGAUGUGACAAACAACGCGUUGAUUUACUUUCUGACAGCUGACAUCUUCAUCCUGGUCUGCAUCAUCUCCUAUUUAUUUUUGCCCAGGCUGGCAUAUUCCAGACACUACAUGCUGGCCACAACACACAUCAGUCCUGGAGUGAUCAAUGAGGCCCAAGGUUCUGCAGCUGUAAUACCACCACUCCAGCCAAUCAUUAAGAAGGCAUGGGUACUUGGUCUGAGUGUCUUCUACGUCUUCUUCAUCUCCAUCUCGGUGUUCCCUGCGGUAUCAUCAGGGAUCCAGUCUGUCAACAUGGACAGUGGCAGCCCCUGGACAACCACUUACUUUGUGCCUUUUACCAGUUUCCUCCUGUAUAAUGUAGCAGACUUCUGUGGCAGGCUGGCGACAGCCUGGGUACAGGUACCCGGUCCUACUAGUCGAGUUCUGCCUGCAUUGGUGCUGUGUCGCACUGUCAUGGUGCCACUUCUAAUGUUCUGUAACUACCAACCACGGGACCACCUUCAUACAGUUCUGUUUGCCCAUGAUGUGUACCCUGUGGUCUUUAACUGCCUACUAGGUCUUUCUAAUGGGUAUCUUGGGACAUUGCCAAUGAUUUAUGGCCCAAAGGUGGUUCCAAGAGAGCUGGCAGAGGCCACAGGAGUGGUCAUGUCAUUCUUUCUCACUCUGGGAUUGGCUGUUGGAUCUGCAUUCUCCGUGCUUAUUGUACACUGUAUUUGAGUUUAUAACCAUUACCUCGUCAUAAACAGCUGUGCACGUUUCAUCAGUCAGUGCACCCUGUGCAGAGAAUUAUGUACCAGCACAGGCAGUUGUCUGCAGGGAGGGACAGUGCAAUCAGUUUUCACUGGACCAGCAAGCCUCAUUUCCUGUGUACCUCAAUACACUGUGUUUACAAUGAAAAAGCCAUUUGGAAAUCAAUGCGUUCCAUUAAUAGAUGCUUUAAGAUGCACCAAAAAGUUGCUUUUAUACAUAAUUUCUUACAUAGCAAAACCUGUUCCGGUCUAAUUGUAAUUGGAGAUAAUUUCACAUAAGUUACUUUGCAGAGGGUAUUACAUGUAGUUUUGUUUCAAACUGAAUUAAAUAUGAGGGUGGUGAAGACAUGUUUGUGUAUUUGAGUUUGAACUAAUACAGUUGGGCUGAUCUGCUAUCUGUAAAUCAAUGCAACUCCAAACUGAUUUAGAAAGCCAACCGUUUUAUUUGUACUAAUUCAGUGCUGGGCAUUACAGGGGUAUAAGAUUCACAUAGAGUUAAAAAUGUAAUGAAAAAUUAUUCCUUAAAAAGUCUGCAAACAAGGAAACUCAUUUUAUAUCAAAUAUCUGAAAGGUUUGCAUGGCAAGCAUAAUGAUCCACUAAAUAAAAGGAGGUAAAGAAAACAAGUGGUUUGGGAUCACUUUAAUUUUUAUUGAUCAACUGACAAUUGGCCACAGGAUUGAAGAAAACAUCUGAAUAAGAUUUGUGCAUUAGAAACACAGAUUCAUAAACAGUAAGAAGAGUGCAAACAAUGGGAGGUAACCUCCAUAUUAGCUCAUAAAAACAAAAAGUCUACAAAAUGUGAGUUUGUUCCAGGGUCACACAUAUUUCUAAAAGCCAUUAAUUCACUGAAUUGCAGUCAGUUUCUCCAACAAGGAAGAAAUUUUAAGCUGGCAGCAAUCUAAAGAGCAGUCAGAACAGCCAACCAGAUGGUCUGUUAUCCUCUAUAAAAAAAAAAAAAUUAAAUUUAUGUUCCAACUUGUCAUUUCCAGUAAGCAAUAAGGAAAAAAACAAAAAACAACUCAAAUUAUGCAAGUCCCAACAAUGAGGCUCUGACUCCAGUUCACUGAAGCAGUAGCAGGUCAAGUUUCAGCCUACCAUACAUGUAAUUGCUCCUUCUCUUCCAAACAUCCAAGCCCAACCCCCCACCCCACAAGAGGGGAGA